GAAAGUUAGAAACAUCAUGAAGUUCACCUACACUUUGUCCCUUUUGGUUUUGUGCCUAACUUCAUGCUUAACCUUAACCCAUGCUGCAAAUGUCAACAUCAUAAACCAAUGUAGCUACCCAGUCUGGGCAGCUGCCUCCCCAGGUGGUGGCAGGCGACUCGACAAAGGCCAAUCAUGGCCCCUAGAUGUGGCUCCUGGCACCGCCAACGCUCGCAUUUGGGGCCGAACCAGUUGCAAAUUUGAUGCCAAUGGCCAAGGCCAAUGUCAAACAGGUGAUUGCAGCGGGCGCCUUGAAUGCCAAGGCUAUGGAAAGCCUCCGAAUACAGUAGCUGAAUUCGCCCUAAACCGGCUUAAUAACCAAGACGUCAUCGACAUUAAACUCGUUGAAGGAUUCAACAUCCCGUUGGGGAUCAGCUCCGUUACUUCUUCUUGCCGUGAUAUCAGAUGUUCAGCACCUAUUGUUGAUCAGUGCCCAACUCAGCUAAGAACUCGAGGUGGAUGCAACAAUCCCUGCACUGUUUUUAAAACAAAUAAGUACUGUUGCGCCAACGGCCCUCAAAACUGUGGCCCGACAAACUUCUCCAAGUUCUUUAAGGACAGGUGCCCUGAUGCUUCCAGCUAUCCUGGAGAUGCUGCAAGUUUUGUUACUUGCCCAAGUGGUACAAAUUAUAGGGUUGUUUUCUGCCCUUAAAUAAAUCCAAGGUUCUUGUGACUGCUUGUAUGCUCCAAGAACUUCACUAGAAACCUAAAUUAUGAAGAAAUAAAUGCACAUGUGACCCUUCUUGUGAUGGUUCGGUGGAGUUGGAAUAAAUUCGAGCACAUAUAGCAUUGUGCGAUUUGUCUUC